GCAGUUUGAAUUCACUCACUCAUUUGCAUCUUUCUCUUUCAUUUCGUGACUCAUUCUUUGGAGAAGUUUCCUAUUUUAGAAGCAGGAAGCUUGAAGAGAUAAAAUGGGUAUGGGCACAAGCACUUUCGUUAUCAGAUGGGUCAAUCUUUUUACUAUGCUAUUGGCUUUGGCAGUGAUAAUAUUUGGGGUGUGGAUGAGUACACACAAUGAUGGAUGCAGAAGGUCUCUUACUUUUCCUGUCCUAGCUCUCGGUGGUUUCAUCUUCCUCAUAUCCAUAAUCGGAUUUCUUGGCGCCUGCAAGAGAAGCGUGGCGCUUCUUUGGAUUUAUCUUGUUGUGCUCCUGAUCGUUUUGAUCGCCAUUCUUGUCUUUACAGUAUUAGCGUUCAUUGUUACAAACAACGGGUCAGGGCAUACCAACCCUGGUUUAAGGUACAAGGAGUAUAAGCUGAAUGAUUACAGCUCAUGGUUUCUAAAACAGCUUAACAACACCAAUCACUGGAAAAGACUCAAGAGCUGUCUUGUUAAAUCCGAGCAAUGCAGGAAGCUCUCAAAGAAAUACAAGACCAUCAAACAGUUGAAAUCUGCAGAGUUAACCCCGAUAGAAGCUGGAUGCUGUCGACCACCAUCUGAGUGUGGUUAUCCUGCGGUGAAUGGUUCUUACUAUGACUUGAGCUUUCAUUCAAUAAGUUCUAACAAAGAUUGUAAGCUUUACAAGAAUUCGAGGACCGUCAAGUGCUACAACUGUGAUUCUUGCAAAGCUGGAGUAGCUCAGUACAUGAAGACCGAGUGGAGACUUGUUGCAAUGUUCAAUGUUGUUCUGUUCCUUAUCUUGUCAAUUGUGUACUUUGUUGGGUGCUGCGCGAGAAGGAAUGCUGCUAGUUACCGGUCAAAAGCUUAGAAGCUGAAGCUUUGCUCAUUCUAUGCUGGUGAAUGGUUUACAUGAGGAGAUUGGCUAGAGAAGGCACAAGAACAACCACUUCUCUUCAUUCUUUUUAACUCUUUGUAAUCAAUGAACUGAGACAGAUGGAUUUAAUACAUGAAAAAUUUGAUGGGAGUUUUACAAAAGUCUAGUUUUUU